AUGGACCCCGAUCACGCUCGCCAAACAGGACCGAUGGCAUUAUCACAACAAAUUCCCAAAUUAUCCUUAACACCCUCCUAUAAAACCUUCCCUCAUUUCAUUCCAAUUCCAUCAUCCAAUUCCCAUUCCUUUUCCAUUCACCACAAACAUUUUUUAAAACACUUACAAGUUUUAACAGAACUGGCCAACUUUCAAUCUCCACUUUCCGAUUCCGGAAACGGAAACGUAGUCUUAACACUCUACCAUGCGCUAAGUACUCGCGACGUUAAAACCGUCAGCAAGCUCUUAGCACAUGAUCUCGAGUGGUGGUUUCAUGGCCCUCCAUCUCACCAAUAUAUGAUGCAAUUGUUAACUGGUACCGAAAACAACAAAAUUACAAACACGUUCGAUUCAUUUCAAUUUAUUCCUCUUUCCAUAGACGAAUUUGGGUCUACGGUAAUUGUCGAAGGGUGUGACAAAAAACGCGAUAUUUAUUGGAUUCAUGCGUGGACCGUGAACUCAUUUGGGAUAAUAACGCAAGUUCGUGAGUAUUUUAAUACUUCCUUGACGGUCACUCGGUUUCUCGCGAAUUCGAAAGAAACAAUUAAGGUUUCUGCCGUUAAGUCGUUACAUUGUCCUUCUGUUUGGGAGAGUAGUUUGACGAAAAGUGUCGGGAAAUCUGUUCCUGGUUUAGUUCUCGCGAUAUAGCGAUAUAUCGUGGUGUCAUUGUCCUGUUAAUUAGUUUGUGUGGUGGUUAGUUUUUAAUUUGAGAUAUUGUGAGUUUGGGAAUAAGGUGUAAUUUGUCAUGGGGAUGUUAUCUUGUUUGUGGUCAAUUUAUGUCUUUAAUGAUAAAAAGUAUCUUUGUUUUGCUGAAA